AUGUCUCUCGAAUCAAAUUUUGUGAAGGCAGAAUUACAAGAAGCUGUAACGUAUGGUGAGUCUGCAAUGUUUGAUAGUGACUUGGUAAAAUCUGAACCACGGGAUGCUGAAAUGUUUCAUACUUACUCCAUUAACAACUUGAACUCAAUGGAUGGCGACGGUUAUAACAAAAGCAUUGGUGAUCAUAGGCGAAUGAAGAUGGAAGAUGAUAUCGAUAUUUUUUACGAAGAUCUCAAGUGUGAGGUUGAUAAUGAAGAAAACCUAUCAAACUAUAUGCGUGAUGAAGAUUUGAACCAAGAUGUGAAGCCAUUUUUUUCGGAACGUGCUAGACAAGGGGCAGACAUGUUUGGUACUGACGCCUCUACCUACCUCAACUCAAUGAAUGACAACAAAUUCCAUGGUGAUCACGGACAAAUGGAGAUGGAAGAUGAAAUCGACAUUGUUUACGAAGAUCUCAAGUAUGGGGUUGAGAAUGGAAAAUACUUCUCUUAUAAUAUUUUAGCUCAGGACUCAACCCAGGAUGUUGACCCACUUCUUUUGGAUCCUGCUACACAAUCGAACCUAAAGAGUCUUCCUGGUGGGGGAUCAUUCAGGUGUGAUAUUUGUUUGAAGUACUUCGCUAAGUCUAAUGUACUGAGAAUUCACCUACGAGUUCAUACUGGAGAGAAACCAUUCCAUUGUAAUUUCUGCCCGAUGUCAUUCGCUCAGAGUGGUACUUUGAAGAAUCACGAAAGGAGACAUACUGGAGAAAGACCGUUUCGUUGUGAAAUUUGCAGCAAAUCUUUCACUAGAAGUCAUGUAUUGAAGAUUCACGAAAUGAGUCAUACUGAUGAGAGGCCUUUCCAGUGUCAAACCUGUUCGGAAUCUUUUACUCGAAGUGGCGAUUUGAAAAUUCACGAAAGAAUUCAUUCUGGAGGGAAACUGUUUCGGUGUACGAUGUGUCCAAGAUUUUUUACUCAAAGCUGUUAUCUGACAAUUCAUGAAAGGACACAUACCGGAGAGAAACCGUUUCAGUGUGAGAAAAUGUCUCUCGUAUCAAAUUCUGUGAAAACUGAACCACAAGAUGCUGGAAUGUUUCCAACUGAAUUCAUUAACAACUUGAACUCAAUGGAUGGGGACGUUUAUAACAAAAGCAUUGGCGAUCAUAGGCGAAUGAAGAUGGUAGAUGAUAACGAUAUUUUUUACGAAGAUCUCAAGUGUGAGGUUGAUAAUAAAGAAAACCUAUCAAACUAUAUGCGUGGUGAAGACUUGAACCAAGAUGUGAAGCCAUUUUUUUCGGAACCUGCUAGACAAGGAGCAGACAUGUUUGGUACUGACACCUCUACCUACCUCAACUCAAUGAAUGACACCAAAUUCCAAGGUGAUCACGGACAAAUGAAGAUGGAAGAUGAAAUCGACAUUGUUUACGAAGAUCUCAAGUAUGGGAUUAAGAAUGAAGAGUACUUCUCUUACAAUAUUCCAGCUCAGGACUCAACCCAGGAUGUGGACCCGCUUCUUUUGGAUCGUGAAACACAAUCGAACUUGAAGAGUCUCCCUGGUGGGGGAUCAUUCAGGUGUGAUAUUUGUUUGAAGUACUUCGCUAAGUCUAAUGUACUGAGAAUUCACCUACGAGUUCAUACUGGAGAGAAACCAUUCCAUUGUAAUUUCUGUCCGAUGUCAUUCGCUCAGAGUAGCACUUUGAAGAACCACGAAAGGAGACAUACUGGAGAAAGGCCGUUUCGUUGUAAAAUUUGCAGCAAAUCUUUCACUAGAAGUCAUGAAUUGAAAAUUCACGAAAUGGGUCAUACUGAUGAGAGGCCUUUCCAGUGUAAAACUUGUUCGGAAUCUUUUACUCGAAGUGGCGAUUUGAAAAUUCACGAAAGAAUUCAUUCUGGAGAGAAACUGUUUCGGUGUACGAUGUGUCCAAGAUUUUUUACUCAAAGCUGUUAUCUGACAAUACAUGAAAGGACACAUACCGGAGAGAAACCGUUUCAAUGUGAGAUUUGUUCAAAAUCUUUCACUCGAAGUGGAGAUUUGAUAUCAGCACAAUGUAGCAGCUUUCAACAAUAUGAUUCACAUACUGAUAAAUCUGAUCUUGUGAGAGGCGACUUUCAAUAA